ACCAGUCCUACUGCUGUAACUCAUUCUAUUGCAGAUGAUGAUUCUAAUUGCUUGAAAACAAGUGGCGUCAGAAGCCAAGACUGUCCCAGUCAUAGUCGAACGAGCCUCCAAAGUUCUCAUCUAUGGGAAUUUGUGCGAGACCUGCUUCUCUCUCCUGAAGAAAACUGUGGCAUUCUGGAAUGGGAAGACAGGGAACAAGGUAUCUUUCGGGUGGUAAAGUCAGAAGCCCUGGCAAAGAUGUGGGGACAAAGGAAGAAAAAUGACAGAAUGACGUAUGAAAAGUUGAGCCGAGCUCUGAGGUACUACUACAAAACGGGAAUUUUGGAACGGGUCGACCGAAGGCUAGUGUACAAAUUUGGAAAAAACGCACACGGGUGGCAGGAAGACAAGCUAUGAUCUGCUCCGUCGUCAAGCUCCUUGUACAGAUUUCUUGUCUUCUAAAACAAUCACUCACAUUGCAAUAGACAUUUGAAAGUCUUUUCGUUGUUGUUGUUGUCGUUCACCUGCAAAGGUGCUGAUAAAAUUUCUCCGCUUCUCAGCUUACAUUUGGACUCAGAGUUGCUGUUGUCUACUCCCAUGGUGACAGCAACCCUUGAAGGAAUUCCUUCUUUUUUUCUUACCCAUGGGAAGGAAAGAAUGAUCUUUUGUGGUACCUUGAUCAAACAUUCCUCCCCUAAUCAAGAGUUGCAGAAACACAAUAGCCAGUGCCAUUGGUACCUACUCUGAGGAAAAGGGUCCCUUUCUGCCAUGUGAGACUCAUCCAGUGCUCCCCUUCCGAGGGCCCAAAAGUUUUCACAUAUUUAACUGUGGCACCUGGCAAAGGCAAACAGGAAAAGUGACUCUUUGGUAGCUAGUACAGUGGGACAGGGUGAGAUGUGGGUAAGACAAGCCUCCUGUAGAUUUUUAAUCAUUAAAGUCAAAUGCCAUAGGAAAGUUUCCUAAUUGAUAAAAGAGCGAAUGCAUCAAGCUGGGACAUGACUGGAUUUAGCAUAGGUUAAAGUAAGUAUCUGAACCAGGGCAUCUUUUGGGCCAUUCAGCAAAACUCCCACGGCCAUCUUUCUAGGGCCACACACUUAAAAUUAGGCACAUUAUUAAUUCCUGCUGAGUUUAGUCCCCCUCUUCUCCUGGUGGUGCGGGGUCGGGGGGGCGGCGCAGCAGUGUUAGUCCACAGGUCCUUGCGCCAAUUUCCAAAUCACCACUGUUUCUGAUCCAGGCCGUCAACACCACAAAAUUGUGACUUGUUGAUUCUGUCUGUGGGCCCAGACAUUAAACCUUUAUAGAACUGGCCAGGGCCUGACAACUUUGUAAUGGCCAAUUACAUGGUAAGUCUCCUUUGUUUUGUCUUCCUGGCAUGUACUCAAGCUCUAAAAUGUAUUUCCUUGACAAAAGUAGCGACAGUGAAUUGCUAUCAGUAAACAUUCACGGGUUAAAGUCUGCACUGACAUCUCCUCAUCGCUCACUGGUAGGGAAGCCGUUAGUGACCUACAGGAGGUGGCCUGCCCUGAGGACUGCUUCUCUGGCAGAGCAGGAAGCUCCAGGCCACCAGGCACUGAACCACGGGACAGGCUCGGGACCUCCGUGCUUAGAGCUUCACUUCAAAAGCAACGUGUUUUUUUAAAAAAAAAUGUGAAUUACUGUAAAAUAAUCUAUUUUUGGACUCACGUGUUUUCCAGGUGGAUAUAGUUUGUAAACAAUGUGAAUAAAAUAUUUAACAUGUUAAA